GAUUAUACAUAAAUGGAUUGUGUAGUUCGGCCAAAAUCCUAAGUCCAAUGGCGAUGUGAAUGGAGGAGAUACUGAUAGAGGAAGAGGCAGAAGAGCCGCUUUGUCUACGUCUACGGGUAAACCUCCACCACAGAAACACUCUUCUUCGCCAAACCAAGAAGAAUUCUUGGCCAUGUUUCUCGCUCACAAAACCACUCUUAUGGCUUUAUCUUUCUCCAUUCCCAAGCACUCUCUACCCUCUCAUUUCACCACCAAAUGCCACCUCAAUGUCUUUGCACUUCCCCCAUCUUUUCUUACUCUCCAUCAUGGUUUUCGUCGCCUGCGGAGUCCCAAAUUCUCUGCCGUCGCCACUCAAAUUACAGAAACGCCCACUCCGCCGCCCCGACAAGCCCCUGACAUUGAUGCCUCCGGCGGGAGGAUUGUCCUUCCUACUAAUCUCUCUUCUGAGAGGCUUCUCAGAAUUCGCCACACGUGUGCUCACGUAAUGGCCAUGGCUGUUCAAAAGGUUUAUCCAGAUGCAAAAGUGACAAUUGGUCCUUGGAUUGAGAAUGGUUUUUAUUAUGACUUCGAUAUGGAGCCUCUGACAGAUAAGGACCUUAAGAAAAUUAAGAAAGAAAUGGAUCGCAUCAUUGGGAAAAAUUUGCCGUUAAUUAGAGAAGAAGUUAGCAGAGAUGAAGCCCAGAAAAGAAUAAUGGCUGUCAAUGAGCCGUACAAGAUGGAGAUUUUGGAGAGCAUUAAAGAGGAGCCUAUUACCAUCUAUCAUAUAGGUAAUGAAUGGUGGGAUCUUUGUGCUGGGCCUCACGUUGAAUCUACUGGAAACAUCAACAGAAAAGCUGUGGAACUUGAGUCUGUCGCUGGGGCUUACUGGAGAGGAGAUACAAAUAAGCCAAUGCUGCAAAGGAUAUAUGGUACAGCAUGGGAGACUGAGGAACAACUGAAAGCUUAUCUGCACUUCAAAGAAGAGGCUAAAAGACGGGAUCACCGUCGGAUUGGCCAAGAUCUUGAUCUGUUUUCUAUACAGGAUGAAGCUGGUGGAGGGUUGGUUUUCUGGCAUCCCAAGGGUGCUAUUGUAAGGCACAUAAUUGAAGAUGCCUGGAAAAGGAUUCACAUACAGCAUGGCUAUGAUCUGCUUUAUACUCCACAUGUAGCGAAAGCGGAUCUUUGGAGGAUCAGUGGCCAUCUCGACUUUUACAAAGAGAACAUGUUUGACCAGAUGGAAAUAGAGGAAGAACUUUAUCAGCUUCGGCCAAUGAAUUGUCCGUACCAUAUAUUGGUUUACAAACGGAAGCUACACUCGUACAGGGAUUUCCCAAUCAGGGUUGCAGAGCUUGGAACAGUGUAUAGAUAUGAAUUAUCUGGAAGUUUACAUGGUCUGUUCCGAGUCAGAGGAUUUACCCAGGAUGAUGCCCACAUAUUUUGUUUGGAUGAUCAAAUCAAAGAUGAAAUCCGAGGUGUUUUGGAUCUUACCGAGGAAAUAUUGCUGCAAUUUGGUUUUGACAAAUAUGAAGUGAACCUCUCAACAAGACCAGAGAAAUCUGUGGGAGGCGAUGAUAUAUGGGAGAAAGCAACAGUAGCUCUAAAGGAUGCUUUAGAUGACAAAGGUUGGAGUUACCAGAUAGACAACGGGGGUGGCGCUUUUUAUGGCCCCAAAAUUGAUCUCAAAAUAGAGGAUGCUCUGGGAAGAAAGUGGCAGUGCUCAACCAUACAGGUUGAUUUUAAUUUGCCUCAGCGCUUUGACAUCACAUAUGUUGAUUCAAAUCAAGAGAAGAAGAGACCAAUUAUGAUACAUAGAGCAGUUCUUGGAUCCUUAGAGCGGUUUUUCGGAGUUCUUGUAGAGCAUUAUGCUGGAGAUUUUCCACUAUGGCUUUCUCCAAUUCAAGCUCGACUUUUACCAGUAACUGAUACACAGCUGGAGUACUGUAAUGAGGUGAACAAUCGAUUGAAAGCUAAUGGCAUUCGGUCGGAAGUUUGCAGUGGUGAGAGGCUGCCCAAACUUAUUAGAACCUCAGAAAAACUUAAGGUUCCAUUGAUGGCUGUAGUGGGGCCAAAAGAGGUAGAAACACAAACUGUAACAGUUAGAUCCAGGUCUGGCAGAGAGUUGGGAACCAUGGCUGUUGAUGAUUUUAUCAGCAAAGUGAAGUAUGCAAUUGAAAACAGGACAUUCUUUUAAUCAAGGACUUGAACAUGUUUUCGACCUCAGUGCCACCACGGAGGACUGCUUUUAUUUGACAUAUGAUCAAAGAAAAACUGAGUACGUACUUAGCACACACAAUUUCUGUAUGGACAUAUCUUUGAAAGAUCAGCACGAGAAACUGCAACGAGAAUGGUCCAUUCUUUUCUUCUCACCAACCUUAGGUCAAUAAUUUUAUUAAUGCUUCCGUUUCUGUAUAUAUAUAUAUAUAUUUUCACAGGGGGGUCGGUUUGCUCUUUCAACGAACAAACAAUUAGAAGCAAAGCUCAAAAAGCCAAUCCAUUUGGAUUUUGGAUUCUUUAAUUUGAUUGAUAAACAGCUUUCACAGUUGUUGCGAUGAAAUAUUUUUCUUGUUUCUAUACUUUUA